GCAGUGUGGGGCGAGUUGGCAAGGGUGCUGGGCCAGAGGACAGCAGGGGGCCGUCAUGAGGGUGCAGCUCUCUGUGUGGAAGACAAGUGUGGGAGCAGCACUGUGAGGGUGAUUCUGGCUAGUUUCUCUCCGCUUUCUUUCUGAAGAUGCACUUGGCAGGGUUGGGGGGGGUCUCUGCUGCCAUGGGACUCAGCGGUCUGCCCAACAGGGCCUAGGAGACCCCAUAUCUCAGAGGAGGACACAGGGGCCAAGGGAUGUCCCCUCGUUGCCCGAGGACACACCGACGAGGGUGGACCCAUGCCUGCUGAUAAAGCAGAUGGUGAAGGCCAGGUGCUGCCUGCCAGGAAGGCCCCACUGAGACCCCCGAGGGACCCGCUGCUGCUGGCCUUUUGGGGCCAAGUUGAGGUGGAGGGUCUCAGCCAGGGAGUUGUCCUACACCUUGACCCUCCAGUGUCCCUGUAUUUCCAGGUGACCUCUCAGUAGCCAGAGGUGCCAACGGAACCGCCAGGAAGGCUUAUUGCGGCCAUGCUACUCCCAGUGGCCCCAGAUAAAGGUGUUCCGGUCCUGUCCCCGCACCAGCCAGCAGGGACAGCAGCCCAACACGAAGACGUCAACCCAGACCGCCUCUGGGAAGCGCUGACCAGACGGAAACACACUUGGCUUUGAGGAACAAAUGGCCGGUGCUCCCCACAACUGUCCUUACCUGCAGUGCGCAGGCCAGCUCCAAGCGUGGCAGGACGUAUGGCGAUAAGAAGUGCAUGGACGUCCAAGCCCUGAGAAAGAAGGUCAGCAGCGUGACAUGUGACCCGGCAGCCAGGGCCGUCCUCAGCAGCCUGCUGCUCUAUGUCACCGAUCUCCAGGACAGGCCCCCGGAGCCACCUCCCGCCAGGAGGGCAGAGGGCAGAGAGAGCAGGGCCCCACGCUCGCCUGACAGCCAGGACGCCCACCGGCGGCCCACGUGCUUCCAGCUCCUGCAGGCCAAGUUCAUGGGCUCGGGCCGCGAGCCCCGCCUCAAGAAGGCCCGGGAGGUGGGGAGGCUGAUUUCCAAGGACAAGCAGGGCCCCAGCAGGAGCUUGGUGACCGCCACCAUCAACAAGCUUCUGGAGAAGACCCGGGAGGGAGCCGGCCGCCCUCCGCAGGACCCAGGGCCGCCCCACGGGCAGAAGCCCCAGCAGGGCCUCCCCACCAGGAAGGGCACCGUGAAAAACAUCCUGAAGAUAUUCCUGGCCGCAGAGGAGAAGGAGGUCCGCGAGGAGCCCAAAGCUGCCAGGGGUUCCCUGCUGAAGCUGGCCCCCAAAAGGGGCUCCGUCCUGUCCAAGCUGCGGGAGAAGUUUGAGCAGAGCGGGUGUCUUUGCUCAGAGGCCAGUGUGCUGCCGCUCCGCACAGACGGGAGGAAGAAGAACACGCAGAGGAGGAAGACGCAGAGGCCCGAGACCCGCGUGCUCUGCACAGCCGCCAUGGCCAGCACCUGCAUCCGGACGCCGCUAGCCCGCUUCCUGGCCUGCACCGCGGAGCCCGUGCUGGCCUUCAACAUCGCCACCGUUGUCUGUGCCCCCAGGAGCUGGCUGUCCCACUGUGCCAAAAUCACCCGCUCCCAUCAGGGGCGCGUGCCCAGGGGAAAAACGGGCACAUCCCCCACCGCGGGGGACAUGGUGCCCAGGGGAAGGAAAACAGCAGGACAGGGACAGCCUGGUGGCGGGCCCACACAGCCGCCAGCACCCUGGGCCAUGGCUCCUGGGGACAGCCCGGAAAUGGCGUUCCUGGGAGUGGGGCCCGAGCCCAUCCCCGGGCCAGCCCCCUCUCCUGCCUCCCACAGGGGUGGGGCCCUUCCUGGCAGUGAGCCCAUGGUGUCCCUACUCAAACCAGCCAGCCCAGGGCAUACCAGGGCAGCAGGAGGUGACAGGAUAGACCUGCCCCCCGCAGGGGACACUUCACAGCACACCGGGGGCCCUGGAGAAGCCAGGGCGGGCCUGUGGCCUGGGCUCCCGGGCGCAGAAGCAGGGAUGGCCCCUGAGGUUGCUCUGAUGGUUUGCAGUUCUGAGGAUGAAACAGAAGGGACUCCAGGCUCGGAAGGAGAUCCCCUGUUCGCCAUCCAGGAGACUUUCCCGGAACAGAAGGUAGCGGGACAUAUCCCGCCCCUUCUGGCGCCCACCGUCCAAGCUCUGCAACGUGCACAGUCAGCUGUGGAAUCUCCCCAGAUAACUGUCACACGGCCAAUCAUGUACCAAAUGUCACCACCUCCUGCCACGCUGCCGAAGGCCGUGGAGUCUCCCCAGGUGACUGUCACCCGCCCGGACACGUACCAAUUGCCACCAUCUCCUGCCACGUGGUCCAAGGCCGUGAAGUCUCCCCAGAUGACUGUCACCCGGCCGGACACGUACCAAUUGCCACCAUCUCCUGCCACGUGGUCCAAGGCCGUGGAGUCUCCCCAGAUGACGGUCACCCAGCCAGACACGUAUGAAAUGCCACCAUCUCCUGCCACAUUGUCCAAGGUCGUGGAGUCUCCCCAGAUGACGGUCACCCGGCUGGACACGUACCAAUUGCCACCAUCUCCUGCCACGUGGUCCAAGGCCGUGGAGUCUCCCCAGGUGACUGUCACCAGGCUGGACACAUACGAAAUGCGACCAUCUCCUGCCACAUUGUCCAAGGCUGUGGAGUCUCCCGAGAUGACUGUCACCCAGCCGGACAUGUACAAAAUGCCACCACCUCCUGCCACGCUGCCGAAGGCAUCAAGUCGUAGAGACAAAGCUUCUAGUCUUCUGAGCAGUGGAGGCGGGGGUGGGGGUGGGCUUGAAAGUGCUCAAGUGUCGUUUCCCACAGGAACAGACGGUGAGAGCACCAGGGCAGCCGGCAUGGCUGAGGGUGCCCUCAAAGUCCUGAGUGUCCCACCUGCAAGGGGUGCCACCAGCAUGGGUCAGGACCUCCCAGCAGCAGCUCCUCAGAAACGUCCCACUCGAGGAAAGGCAAACACGCACAGCUUUGGGGAUUCAAAGGAGCUCCAGCGCCCUGAGGGUCUGGCAGGAGAGGACGUGGCUGAGCUGGCCUGUGAGAAGCAUCACUCGCCAGCAUCAGGUGACAGGCUGGUCCAUGGCGGGGGCGCCCCAUGGCAUCAUCCCACGGCCUCAGAGGAUCGGAGAGGGGACAGCCCCUUGGCCCCUGGCCAUCAGCGAGAGCUGCCUGCCGACAUGGGACACCCGGUGGGCAUCUCAGCACCGCUGGAGGUCACCCCCAGAGACAGGACCCAGUCUGACAGUCUGACCUCCACGGACGAGAAGGUCCUGUGUGAGCGAGAGCUCAGGGGGCUGUCACUAAGGGACCCCGCCCGGCCCAUCCUGCGGGCUGCAGCGAGCACCAGCCCCGGCCUCAGCGGCAACAGACCCACCUCCUUCAGCAAAUGCCCCAAACUAACUCCCGAAGCCCCCAGGUGGGUGGCAGCCACAGGGGCCACAGAGAGUCACACUGCACCAGUGGCUGGUCACGUCCCAAACCCUGUAAACAGCGUGGCCAGACAGGGGAACCCAGUGUGUGAGGGAGAGAGUGGCCCACCGCCAACGCACCACAGCCUUGCUGCCGUGGCUCUGACCCGGGCCGCCAGCCCCCUGCGUGGCUUGGCACCAGCCGGGCCCCGGAGGCAUCUGCUCGGAGCUACAGAGAGCGGUGGCUGUGGGGGUUCAGGGCAGCGCCAGCCGGAGACCCCCAGGUCCCCGGCUGCUGUGUCACUGGAGGCGGCGGGCACCCCGCUCAUGCUGGCUGAGCCGCGCACGACUGCUAUGGCCGAGGGCAAAGCUAGCACGGUGGCAGGGGGCACAGGUGCCACAGCUGCGCACGGGAGCCCCUGGGGGGGCGACGUGACCCCAGUCCCAGGCUGGGCUAACCCUGUGCCCCCGGGCAGCGCUGUGGUGGGGCCUCCGCCUUCGCCACCUGAGAACCCACAGGCCAAAGCGGACAAGCACGUCCUGCCCCAAAACCAGGUUCCUCCCGGCGCCGGGGCUCCCCGCCAGCCUCUAUCACCGGGAGCCGCAGCAGAAGGGCAGCGGGGCGGCGGGGCGCCCCAGAAGUGCCCCGACCUCCGGGCACACCCACCGCCUUCAUCCCUCAUGAGGGCUGGCUUCCGGGAGGGAGUCGAGGUGGGGGUCAGGCAUCAGCCACAGGCAGGCCUGGGGGCACUGGAGAGGGCUGCAGGGCCCGUGAAGCUGGAUGGUCCCCCAGAGAAGGGGGUAGCUCCGUGGGGCCCGAAGCCUCCAUCAAGUGCUGCAAAAGAGAGUCCAACACAGCCCAGGGAGGCUGAGGUGGGCCAUGGCGCUGAGGUGGGGGCCACUGAAGUGGGGACAAAUCACCAACACACUGAGAAAGGCCCAGAACAUGCACGGGGGCAGCGGGCGUGGCGUGCAGAGACCCCCCCUCGGGGACACGGUGCCCAGGCUGGAGAGAACCAAGCACCUUCCCCCCCAGGGAAGCCGGGGCACCCCGUGCAGGCCCAGGACGACAGGAUGGUGCCCCGCAUCUCAGCGGGCCCCCCCAGCAGCUCACUGGAAGCAGUGUCCACUGUAGGUGCAAAGGGCAGGUCCCGGAGACCAGCCCCCAGGGGCAGCCAGGCGGAGCCUGGAGCACCACACGAGGUGGGAGAAAACCAGCCCACAGUGGAUAGGAGCCAGCAGUCUUCCGGCCCCGAGCCAGUGCCUGGCUCCACAGUGCCCGGCUCCACAGUGCCCGCACCCAAGCUCGGGGGCUGCCAGACGCCCUGUGUCCCAGCCCAGGAGGGGCCCCCAAACACCCCGGAGGCAGGGGCCAGCACGUUGGAGCGUGAACGCCGCAGAAGGCUGGCGCACUUUGCCAAGUACAGAGCCCAGAGCUUUGGCGACCAGCGGUCCUUUGAUCUGUCCUUCAGACCGACAGUUAUCAGGGCCAACGACACAUUCGAACUUCCCAAGUGAGGCCCUGGGUUCCGGACACGGGCAUGCCUGGCACGUUGGUGUCAGCGCCUCGCCCAGGCUGCUUUCCUGCCUCCAGUCCACACGACCUCGCACGUGCGUGUCCAGAGUGCGCUGUGGCGGAUCCCUUUCCUGCUUGGUAACUGGUCCCGGGAGGGCCACAUCCCCCAACUGUGGAGCUCUGCAGCGUCUUCCUGGAGCCCAUGCGGCUUCUCCUCGGGGAUGGAAGAGGGAGGACGAGAGACAGCCCAGGACAUCCAGGCGCUCGUCCCCACGGGUCCCGUUCUUUACGGCGCUCGAGGGUGCCCAGGUCCACAUUGCUCUCUGCGCACGGAGCCAAAUUGUUUCCACACCUUCAUGUUCACCUCUGAGCCUUGUGGGCGUCUCUCCUGCCCUGUCUUGGUGGCCCUGGCUGCGUUGCCCUUUGUGGUGUCACCCGCAGGCCGCGGCCCCUCCGCUCCGCACGGGCAGGCGAGUCGCCCGUGAAGUGCCCGUGGGGCCAGAGCGGAACAAACCACGGGGACAACAUUGUCAGUCCCACAGGAAGGGGGUGGUGAGCAGGGAUGGAUGUUUCCAGACGCACGUCCCAAGCAGCAUCCCUGCGGGUGCCAUGUGCAGAGUACAGGGAACAUCCACAGUGCCGUGUCCCACCACUGCCCAUGGGGCCUCGCUGCCUGUUCUCCUGCCCGGGCCCUUUGAUCUUCUUCCUUGCUUCUCAGUCUCUGAGAUGAUGCUUCCGCCGUCUAGAGUAGUUGAGUGUUAUACAGAAGCGUAAGGAAGGAAAUAAAAAUCCCUGGUAAUCACGUGACCUCAAAGUAAUUUCUGUGACUAUGGCGCAGCCACACUGGGAGUCACAUCUCGUGUACAGUGUUCAACUCUCAAUGCUACAGCGCACCAGCUUCAGGGCCAUCAAGUGGCCUCAGGAAAGCGCCGGCUCCCGAGGGGACGGGGGGACGGCUGUCCUGCACACGCUGCGCACAUGACGCUCCAUCUGCAGAAGGGGGUUCCUGCCUCUCGAACAUGCUGUGCUGCUGGCCGCCCUUCAGGUGAGCGACAUUCUAAGCAAUGUCUACCCAUCCCGUAGAAGCUUCCUUGACGCGCUGACUGGAACGUCCACGUGGAGAAGGUGCUUUCU